AUGUCGUAUAGUAUGCAUCCUAUACUUGAUAUUGUCCAUCGUGUUGAAACUGUAUUAUUACCAUGUCUAUUAGUUAUCGGUACCGUUUGUAAUAUAAUUACAUUUCUUGUUAUGAGACGACGUCGAAUGAGAGUAUCAUCAACUUGUUUUUAUAUGGCAGUAUUAUCCAUUACAGAUACACUUGUCUUAUGGACUGGUUGUCUUAAUCAAUGGUUUUACCUUAUGCAAUUGCCAACAUUGGUUAUACAAUCAAAUUUUACUUGUAAAAUGUUAACAUUUUUAUUUGUCACAUUUGCUGAUUUCAGUGUGUGGACUAUUGUUUGUAUGUCGUUUGAACGUUAUUUUGCUGUCUCUCGUCCAUUAAGCGCAUCUCAAACAUGUACAGUUAAACGUGCAAAAUUAGUUCUAACCGGUAUUUUAUUACUUUUUUCAUUUAUUGAUGGUCAUUUUUUAUUCACAUUAAAUAUUGUUAAUCAAAAUCACAUUCCUGUGUGUAUGCCUAAACCUUGGGCUGUUUAUUUUGUUGAAAAUGUUUUUAUUUAUAUUGAUGCCAUUAAAUAUUCAGCAUUACCAUUUAUCAUAUUGAUUGUUUUAAGUAUUUUAAUAAUAACAAAAGUAUCACAUGCAGAAGGUAUUAGUGCACAAUUACAAAAUUUAAAACAAUUAAAUCAAAUUUCAAAUGCAAAACCGUCUAUUUGUUCAGCAUCACGAGUCGGUAGACGUGUCACAUUUAUGCUACUAUCAGUUUCAAUAGCAUUUUGUAUAUUUUCAGCACCAAUGUCAUUAAUGCAAAUUGUCCAAUCAUAUUAUUCAGAUAAUAAAAAACAUCAUUCAAAAGAAGUACAUAUAAGUCUGGUAAUUGGAAAAUCAGUUGCUGAAAUAUCACAAUAUAUCAAUCAUAGUAUUAAUUUUUUCCUCUAUGUUAUGACAGGUGGCGUGUUUCGACUUGAAUUUACUCGAUUAUUUUUUCCUAAUCGUUAUUAUCCUGUUAACAGUAAACGUUGUUCAAUAUAUUCGUUUGACAAUCGUUCAGUUAGAGGACGUGCAAUAGGAAGAAAUGGUUUGAUAACACCAGGAAAUACGAUCACUGAGAAACAUCGUCAUCAUCAUCAUUCAUUAACAUUACCAUCUGUUAAAGACGAAUUAAACAAUGAUGAUCGACAAGUAUCAAUAGGAAAUGAUACUAAAUAUUCCUUAUUACAAAAAGCAGAUAAUAUAUCUUCACAACGACAUCCAUAUACUGUAUCCCAAUUACGAUCAAUAAAAACUCAGCGAAUUUCGUCAACAAAUGUUAAAUUGGGAACGCUUUUUAGCGUUAUUUAUCGACAGGAAAAAACACGAGAAACAAAUGGAAUUGAUUUUAUUGAAAAUGUAUGCGAGAAUGAUAGUACGAAUAAUAUGUUACAAAAUAUGUAUGUUACCAAUUCUCCAAGAAAGAAGAAGAAGAACAGUAGUAAAGAGAAAAGCACGAAUAAUAACGAUAAACUAGACAAGAGAGAUAAAUGUAUUAACUAA